AUGUUACAAACAAAGAUAUACAUAUAUUUGAAAGAGAUUUUUCAUCGAUACCGUCAUAUUGAGCCAAAAUCAAUCGUCGUAUGUCGGGGAAUUUCCGCUCUUUUAAUUUUAGCUCUACUCACAACAUUCACGGCUUUUUUGAUUAUCGAUAUACUUGAUGAUGGCCCGGUAUUGCAAAAGACUACAUUUGAAGUAGAUUCUCUUCCGAUACCAGCUACGGAUGAAAAUUGUACAGAAUAUGUCAGUCAAUCUGUACAGACUAUUAAUGAAGAGUGGAUGACAAUUCUCCUCGGAGCAUUAGCUUUAUUCAGUGGCAUAUGGGUGAUUGCGGCAGGAGUAUAUACUUGUCUAUUAGGAACAACCGUAUUACGACCUUGGGGACUGAUUCAUAGCUGUUGUUUUCCAAAUGACAAUCGCAAACACAUCCGUAAUAGAUUUCUAAUUAUUCCAUUGUUUUCACCUGCUGUAAAUGGUAAUUCUCCAGUCGUGAAUAACUUUGGAACCGAUGAUGAAUUUAAGACUCGUGUGGAGGAAAGAUUUAAUACUCUUGAAGAUUUUCUAAAAGAUUAUGUUGUAAAUGCAGGAUACCUUGAAGAAUUUGUGAAAAAUGCAAAUAAUGAUAAUCAGCUCUUAAAUGACAUGAUAUCCAUAUCUCUAGCAAAUGUUAUUUCUAACUCAGUAAGAAUUAAUAAUGAUCUAAGUAACAUAAAUAGAAGUAUAAUUAUUUCUGAAGUAAUUAAUUCAGUUCUUCCAAUAGAAUAUCCUCCUACUUCACAUCAAGGAGUUGCUAUUCUAUUCAAUGUUAAAGAUUGGGCUAAAACGAAUGCAGCUUUUGAUGAUGCAAAAUUUAUCUUUGCCAUUGAAAAUCAUUAUCCAUACAAAAAAUUUGAUGGUCAAUAUUGUAAUGGACUUCCUACCAUUCAACGAUUGAGAACCAAAGCUCAAUCUGUUAAUAAUAACCAAGAUGUCCCACUUCUACCAUCAUUUUUAUUGGAUAUUAAUACUGUCUAUUGGAGAAAAAAUUAUUAUUUUUUAAAAGUAGAAGAUAAUAUUAACAUUGAGCUUUUGCAAAACUUACUUGAUGGUAAUUUUGAGACAAGUCUAAAAAAAAGUUAUAUAACUGAUAAAGAUGAUAUUGAGCUUUCUGAAUAUCAAAUAGCAUUAGAGUUGAAUUUGAAGAAGCAAGAAAUUGAAAUUAGAGCUCUUGUAUUUAAUAUUCUGUUCAAAGAAAAAAAGUUGCAAGAUCAUAAAGAAUAG